CGUCCAUGUUCCCAGUCACCUUGCCGUGGUUAAAUGUGGUGGUUCACAUUUUCAGUUUUGCUCGAAUGCUGCCAUCUAUCCAUAAAAAAAAAAAAUAAUUCUGGCAUUAUUACUUGCAGAGAAAUAACUUUGGGAAAUUAGAUUGGCGGUCACUCACCUGACUUGGAUCUUUUGUUUGAACUUACCGAGGAAACCCCAUUUAUCCAGGGUGCCAACAUUGGUGCCAGAGAAGAGGGAGGAGAAGUAGGGUUCCUGUCUUCAGAGGAUAUUACUCACUAACGUUCAGUCCCUGGACAAUAAAGUACACAAGCUCAGGAUGAGGAUCUCCUUCCAGGGAGACAUAAGGGACUGUAACAUACUCUCUUUUACGGAAUCAUGGCUUUCUAGGGAUAUAAUGUCCCUGUUCAUACAGCUAGCAUGGUUCUUCGUUCAUCGCGAGGACAGGAAGCAGGAACUCUCUGGGAAACACAGGUGGAGGGGUAUGUCUCAUGAUUAACUACUCAUGGUGUGAUUGUGGUAACGUAAAGGAACUCAAGUUCAGUCUCCCGAUCAGGAAUACCUCAUCAAAUGUCGAGGGGAAGAGAUGUCCUCUAACCCCAGCUUCCUUAUUCCUAGCCCCAGGCAGCCCCCAUUAUUACAGUGGCCGCCCCACCCAGUCACUCCAACCUCCGGAGACCCAGCUGAGAGUCCCAGGUCACUGGUCACCAAACGCCACAGGAAGCUGCUGCUAAAGAGUGGUUCUCUAACCCCUAGUGGCGCCCCCACUGGUGAGGAGUACCAUCGGUUACAGGGCAUGGCCCAAACCCAGGUGUCCAGCCGCCACCUGCUGAGGGAAGUCUGCUCCAAAUACCAGCCUGGUGUCACAGAACACCCUGUGUCCUGCCUUCAGGUGUUCCGUGUCUUCGUGGAGGACUGGCAUUGUCAGGCCUUCAAUACUGUGAGGUGCACCGCCCACAACGAUGCCCACUUCGCCAACCAGCUCCGCCGACUGGACUCCUAUGACCAUGCGGGCGUGGCAGAGCGCCUCUGCUCCUACACCAAGGUCCUCUUCGUAUGGGAGCCCUUAGAGGGGCUGGUUUCGGCCCUCCAUGAUAAGUUUGAGAGCUCCAACUGGUACUACCAUUCAGCGUUCGGCAGGCCCAUCAUCUCCCGGUACCGGGCCAAUGCCUCACUCUCCGCCCUGAGGACCGGCGCCGGCGUCACCUUCAGGGAGUUUGUCCAGUACCUGUUGGAUGUGAGGCGGCCCGUGGGCAUGGACAUCCACUGGACGCCGGUCAGCCAGCUCUGCAGCCCCUGCCUGCUGCACUACGACUUCAUUGGGAAGUUUGAGAAGAUGACGGAGGAGGUCAACUUCCUGCUACUGAGCAUUGGGUGCCCGCCAACGUCAAGGCAGAAAGGACUGCUUCCACCAUUGCUCAGAUGUACUUUGAACAGCAUGGACAGACAGGGUCUAUGACAUUUACUACAUGGAUUAUCUAAUGUUUAACUACCCCAAGCCCUUUCUGUACCGAGGUACUGGCUGGAGUGCCAGGUUGAGAUGAUUCAUUUGAGAUUUAUUAAUAUGAACACUACGGAAGAGAUUGUAAUCUUGCGGGACUUGAAUAAGCACUACAGACACUGAUGUAUUUCUUAUUUGUGUCUGGUUACAAUUAUGAUUUGAUGUGAUUACUUUGAGCAUAGGUUGUACAGAUUUUUUUUCUUCUCAAAUUCAUCAUAUCUAACUCGUAGUUAGUCU